AUAAUUCAUUACACAUUAAAACAUGUAGUGAUGUGGACUGUCCUGUCUGCAGUCCAGUAGUUAAGAGUUUGUCUCUUUAAAAAACAUCUGAUGCAUCAUAAAAAGAUGUAUCUGUACCUUUUAUAUAACUAUAGGAUUUUCACCCGCAAAAACUGCAACAGUUGGUUUCCUUAGUUGAAAACUAAAAAGAAACAAAUAAACCAAACAAGUUCAUGUUAAACGUUUGAUUAAGAUGUCUUCGGAUAAUGGAGGUUAAAAAAAAAAAGUACCUUUAUUUUAAAAAGAUUGAAUUGAAUAACUUUAAAACAAAGCUGUUCUAUAUUAUUUGCACCCACAUGUCAACCUUUAUAUUCAUGUCCCCACUGCACCAUUGUUUCCCACUGUACUUAUAAUUAAACCGUGCUUCGUUAAGAUUUUUCUGCACAAUGCUUUCCUCCUCCCAAGAGAGAAACUUGGCAACCCAACAAGACAUUAUUACCCAGGGAAGGGUGAACAUGGCUGACUAAUAAGAGUGAAGAAAAAUGCUGCAUCAAUGGGACCGUGCAUCACCUGUUCAUGAAAGGCCAAGUCAGAUAAUUGGCAAAAUCUCUGCCAUUAUUUGCUCCUUUGUAUAUUUCAUUGUCUGAUAGGUGUAUGAAUUACUUCAAGGUGACGCAGUUAAUUUACAGUUGGUUAGUGAAGCAGAAAGAAAACAUGGAAACUGCCUGCCUUUCCGUGUGCAGUGAAUGCAUCAGCAUCCUGAGAUAAAUCGACCCUGAGUCUGGUCAGUAAUUAACGUAAUGAGGUUGUCUGUUUGUCUGUAGGAGUGGAUAUAAAAUACGGGAACAAAGGGGAACAAAGCCUUGAUGGUUUCUCUCCACUGUCACACUUGUAUUCCACACAAUGAAAAUAUUGCCGCGCAGAAGAUGAUGCCAUGUCAGAAAACCUCACUGUAGAAGCCAUUUUGUUUGGGCUUCUGGUUUUUUCUGGGAUCCUGGGAAACAUCUUGGUCAUCUAUGUGGUGGUUCAGGCAGCCAGUGAGAGUCCGUCUCGAAGACUCGCACCUUCGGACACAAUUCUGGUGCACCUGUCACUGGCCAACCUGCUGACUUCACUUUUCCGCACUGUUCCUAUCUUUGUGUCUGACCUGGGUUUGAAUGUGUCUCUGUCUCCGGGCUGGUGCCGAGUCUUCAUGCUGCUCUGGGUGUGGUGGAGAGCCGUGGGCUGUUGGGUGACUCUGGCACUCAGCAUUUUCCACUGCACCACCCUCAGGCGACAGCAUGUGACCUUUGGACCUCUUGCACAGCAGAGGGAGAGGAGGCGGGUGUGGAUUGUUCUGGCGCUGGUGUGGGGGGUCAACCUGGCCUUCUCUAUUCCAGCUCUGGUGUACACCACCCACGUUCAUGGCAAUACCACCGUGGAGCUAAUGGUAAUUAGCUGCACCACGAGGCCUUUGCUGGGCUGCAUCUGGGAGUUCCCCACCCUGCAGCAGGGAUCAGUAUUUGCCUCGACUUCACUGGCGUUUAAUGAGGUGUUGCCUCUGGUGCUGAUGAUUUUCACCAACUUGGCCACACUCCAUGCCCUAGCCAAGCACAUUAGAGCCGUCACCUCAGGAGGAGAGUCAGGAGGAGCUCAUGGGGAGCUGGACAAACAUGUGUCCACUGAACGAAAGGCAGCUAAUGUCAUCAUGUCUCUGGUGGCACUCUUUGUGGUCUGCUGGGUGCUGCAGGUUGCUGCGGUGACGUACUACAAUCAUGAUGGGGGGCACCAUGCAGAGGGGCUGUUGACUGUGGCCCAUUUUUCUGCCUCACUGUUUGUUGGAUUCAGUCCCAUGAUAGUGGCGCUGGGACACGGCAAACUGAGGAGGAGAAUCACAGACAUGAUCCUGGGCUGCUCUAAAUGUCUCAAAUGUCACAGUAAAGUUUCCCAGGAGGAAAGUAACUUCCCAAAGACUGAAACAGAAAAUGGAAAACAAACUAUUUUUGUUGUUCAAAAGAAGUGAAAGUC